AUGGAAGAAGACGACGGCAGCAGCAAAUAUCCUGGAAAUGAAAUCAUCAAAUCCAAUGGUGCUGAUGCUGGGAUCUUCGCCUCUCGUACCUCUGAUGUCCACUGGAGCAACACUGCCGAAGGCCAAGGUUCCAGUGGAGGAACGAAACUGGAAGGUGACGGUCACAACUUGGGCAACAUCAAAUACAAUAUUAGUGAUAAUAAAAUUACCGCACUCAAUGGAGAGUCAGAUGUUGGGAUGUUCAGCUUUCACAACGUAGGUGUCUACUGGAGCAACGCCGGCCAAGGUCAAGGUGGACGUGAAGGAAACAAGGGCCUCAAAUCCAAAGGUAUUUGUCACAACAUUUAUAAUAAUAACAUUAGUGCAGAUAGUUCCGCAAAAGUUGGGUUAGAAAAUUUUGGCAACAGCAAAUAUAUUGAUGAUCAUGGCAAAGCAGCAGGUGGCUCGAGCUCUGCCCAAGGCCAAGGUGGCGGUCGAGGAACCAAACCCAAAGGUGAUGGUUACAACAUUCGUGGCAAUAACAUUAAAGGAGAUGGAGAUAGGAAAGCGUUUCACAACUUCGGCAACAUCGAAUACAACUUGAAGACAACUAAUACAGAAGAUGACGGCAGCACCAGCCAAGCCAAUAUUCACAGAAAUACAAUUACAGCAAGGAAUGGAGCCUCACAUGUUGGGAUGUUCACCUUUCACAACGUAGAUGUCUGGAGCAAUGCCGGCCGAGGCCAAGGUGGCCGUCAAGGAAACAAUGGCUUCGCCAAACUCAAAGGUAUCAGUCACAACAUUUGUAAUAAUAAAAUUAGCGCAUAUAAAUCUACAAAUGUUGGGUUACAAAACUUUGGCAACAUCAGAUACAACUGCAAGACUGCUAGUAUAUAUGGAUGGUUGGGUUUAGUAGGCUUUUGGUAUUUAUUCCAGAAUUUCUUUGGCCCUAUGUGGUUAUGA